AUCAGUCCCGCGACAGCUGUACUUUCUGUCCCCGCCUCCGCUCUCAGUUGAUUGGUUUUCACGGCCGACGCCCUGCCAACCACCUGCUGCUCCCAUUGGAGCCGCCCGCCCUCAAGAUGGCAGCCGCGCGGGGACUGAGGUGGACGCGGCUGUUGCUCUUGGGGAGGUGGCCGUCCCCGAGGCUUUCCGCGGCCCCAGGUCCCGGUCUGUGGGCGAGCACGUACUCCCGCACGGCGCUCUACGACCUGCUUGGUGUCCCCGCCACCGCCUCCCAGGCGCAGAUCAAGGCGGCCUACUACCGGCAGAGCUUCCUCUACCACCCGGACCGCAACUCCGGGAGCAGCGAGGCCGCCGAGCGCUUCUCGCGCAUCUCCCAGGCCUACCUGGUGCUGGGCAGUGCCACCCUGAGGCGCAAGUACGACCGCGGGCUGCUCACGGACCAGGACCUACGCGGGCCGGGAGUGCGGCCCUCCCGGGCGUCCGCGGCCGACCCCGGACUGCCCCGCGCCCCGCCGCCCGCCGCCUCAGCCAGCCGGGACAGCGGUCGGGAUGGACACCGGGCCGCGUCGGGUGCCAACCGUACCAUGUUCGACUUCGAUGCUUUCUACCAGGCGCACUACGGAGAGCAGCUGGAGCGCGAACGGCGCCUCCGGGCCCGGCGGGAGGCCCUGCGCAAACUCCAGGAGGACCGGGCCAAGAGGGGCUUCCGCUGGGACGAGACUCGAGACCUGUCUUUGAUUGUCCUUUUCCUUGUCAUCUUCGCCAUCUUCGGCUUUCGGGUUUAACCAGAGAAGGGAGGGUAAAAGGGAGCCACCUCAGCCAGCCUCCGCAAGAGACUGGCCUUGCAUGGACUACCUCUGCUGGUGUAUAAAGAACGCGCCCCCAUCCCUCCUGCACCACUCUGCCAACCACAGUCCUGCAAAAGAAGUGUUUCCAUGCCCAAGGAAGGGGCUUCCAAGCGGACGGAGAGUCCCGAAAGCCCAUGAUGAAGGGUUUUCCGGAGCCCCUGCUUCUACAAGUUGCCUUCUGCUUCAGCCUGCAGAACAACUUGCUGAGGCUUCAUUGGAAAAUCUGAGCAAGACUUGCCUGCCUCCGGACCCACAGUUGUCCCUUGCCGCUCCCUCAUAACCUCGAAAUCGUGCAAUAUUUUCUCUGGCCCAGCUGGCUGCCAAAAGAACAAUCCUGGGGUUGUCCAAACUAUGUCUUUCUAUACGUUUCUGAAUCCACAGGUGAGAGCCUACUGACCCAGGAUAAGAAUGUAGUCUGUGGAAAGCACGGCCAUUUGUCUUGGGUCGCCCCUCCCUCUCUGGUCUGUGGCCGGGAGAACUGGAAAGACAAGGUCACCUGGCAUAAGGAGUGUGCCUUCCUGUGUACCUCAUGUGUGACCUUGGCUGAUCUGUGGAUGUGACCGGCAGAGGUUAAUCAUUUGCUGCCUUGAAGCCUGUCACACUUUACUACAGUCCAGAGUUCCCUUCUGAUGGGAUUACUUACAUAAUGUGAUCCCAGCUGAGGCAAGAAGUGUGCCUGUCACUUCUCAUCUCUGUACUAGCCAGCCUCAUACCUAACUGCUGACUGUCACACAGCACUUGUAGCUGUCACAGUAAUCCUGGUUAUUGGGAGACUGAACAGAUGAAUGAAGAAUUCCAGGCCAGCCUGGGAGAAAGGAAGAAAAGGGAAGGGAAAGGGAGAGAAAGCAAAGGAAGUAGAAAUGGGCUUGGCUCAGGUGUGGCCUAUGUCCCUGUAUAGCUUGCAGAGUUCAUCACAGGCCCCGGAAGUCACAUCCUUGGAACUCUGGGAGUUUAGCCAGGACUGCUGAGCAAACCACCUGGUGGUCCAGAAGAAACUGGGUUCCUUUGUAGUAUUGGCUAAAAGGCUGCUAUAGGUUUGCAAGGGGAAGUCCCCUGGGACAAGCAUGGUAGCUAACCCCUGUAAUUUCAGAAAAGGGAAAUUGAUCUUAAACCAUUCAAAGUUAGUGUAAAACUCUUUUUUUUUUUUUU